AAGCCAGAACACAGUAACAAACUCGUAUGGUGAAGCCCCAUUGGUCCAAAAAAUUAAUCUCGUGGAUUUUAUACCAUAAUCACAAGGCCGUUUAUGAGGUUUAAUGAACCGGCAGUCCCCAUAUUCAAAUCAUACUUUAGAUCCCUGAUCUUCUUCUGCUUAGAGAAAAUUCAUGCUCCUAAUCAGCAUGCUCGGCAAAUUUUCUUGCAGUGCAGAUCAUUUUCGGUCAGUUUCUCGUGCAUUGCCGCAAUCUGUAAAGAACACAAUGGCAUUCGGCAGAAAAGUCAUGAAGACGAGUACUUUCUGUUUUAACCCAAGCAAAUAUGACAAGUCAAUUACAGUCGCAAAUUGGGAUUUUUCAAGUCAUUUUCCUGCUGAGAAGCAAAAGGAACGAUGGAGAAAGUGGGAUUUCUGCUUUUCUUGGCUAUGACAUUGUGUUGGGCCACAUUGGCUAAUAGUGUAUCAAGAAAAUCAAUGAACAGAGAGGCUUCAGAGGACGACGAUGAUAUUAACAGGAGACUCAGGCUUCUUAAUAAGCCUGCAGUGAAGAGCAUUCAGAGUGCAGAUGGAGAUAUCAUCGACUGCGUUGACAUGCACAAGCAACCAGCCUUUGACCAUCCCACAUUGAAGAACCAUGUCAUUCAGAUGAAACCCAGCAUUAAAUUGCCUUCAGAAAACAAAGCAACGAAAAAUGAGUCCUCAAAACUAGUAAUAUCUCAGACUUGGCAAAAGAGUGGAAGUUGUCCCGAUGGAACUAUUCCCAUCCGACGAAGCCGGCGGCAAGACUUGUUGAGAGCUUCUAGUCCUGACCAAUUUGGGAAAAUGUAUCAUCCUCGUUCACAUGACCACGUGGCUAAUUCAACCAUCGAUGAAAUUGGUCAAAAUGUGGUCAUAAAUGGAACCCAAGUCUCUCUUCCUUAUCAAAAAGAUCGUUCCCAAGCAAUGCUUUAUACAGCUGGGUACCACUACAUAGGAGCUUCGGGCGACAUAAACCUCUGGAAUCCGAAUGUUGAUUUGCCAGAUGACUUCACUACAGCCCAGAUAUGGCUUCUGGCUGGGCCCGGUGAUAAGUACGAAAGCGUCGAAUCAGGGUGGAUGGUGAACCCAAAGUUAUAUGGAGAUAAGCAAGCUAGGCUUUUCGCUUAUUGGACCGCUGAUGGAAACGAUGCCACGGGUUGCUUCGAUUUGACCUGUUCUGGAUUUGUUCAAACUAGUUCCGAGUAGACCCGUUCGGCAAAUCCCUGUUUGAGUGGGCUCGUUUGACACCUAACUGCCCCGAGGUGUCCAUGUGCGCCAGGACAAUGAUUUGCCCAUUGGGCAUGACCACAACAAAGCUAAGUGGGAAAUUAGUUGACAAAUCACGAUUAGCCUCUAUGUUAAUCCUGAUUUAACCACUCCACCCGUUUUACAAUUUCAUUCGAAUCGAGUCCGCCCAAUAAUUCAGGUCUAACUUAAGAAGUUGUAAGUUCUCUUUAGAGAAAUUUGUAUAUUCUGAACAGAGAUGGUUAUCAUUGAACCAGGAUCCGAAUACUUCCAACUGGUGGCUACGCCUCACGAACAACCUGGUCCUCGGGUAUUUUCCCGCAUCUCUUUUCUCCUCCUUGAAGACCAGCGCCAUAAUGGUCAAUUGGGGAGGUCAAGUGUACAGUACGAUGGUGAAGAAGACUCCUCACACCAGAACUGCCAUGGGAAGUGGGGAGUACUCGGAGGCACUCCAUGGCCAUGCCUGCUACAUCAACCAUGUUAGGAUUGUGGACUACUCACUUUCACUCAAGUACCCUGAUAUGGUUGGGGUUUGGAAUGAUGAAGUGUAUUGCUACAAUGGACAGAACCAUAGAGAUGGGUACAUCGACGAGCCUGUUUUCUACUUCGGUGGGCCGGGCCGAAAUAAUUUCUGCCCAUGAUUGAUACGUGAAUGUCAUGCAAGUAUUGCAGACAGAAGUUCCUUUCAGAGAAUUUCAUUUGUGUUCACAAGCUUUUGAACUCCCAUCUGUAAAAGUGAAAUAGCAUUCCCCAUAGAUGACAAAUACUAUAGAUCUAAAGUUCCCUCAUCAA